CAUGCGGACUUCACUUCCCACAGCUUCGCCGGGCACCCCUUACCACCGAUAGAUAACCAGCAAUGUCAGCAGCAAUGGAUGAUGCGUCGAAUGCAGAGGGGAAAGCGAGCGAAACCAGGUCCGAACAUCGAUUCGAGGACGAGCGAACCGCAUCGCAGCAACCGGGCAGUGAUAAACAAGGACUGAAGAACAUCGACGAGGAUCCAAACGUGGUUGACUGGAAUGGCCCGAGCGACGUGGAGAACCCGAUGAACUUCAGCAGCGCCGUAAAGGCAAUCAACGUCAGCCUGAUCAGCGCCCUGACAUUUCUCACUCCGCUGGCUUCCUCCAUGUUGGCCCCGGGAGUGCCGCUGAUCCAAGCCGAGUUUAAUAGCCAUAGCAAUCUUCUUGCCGACUUCGUCGUCUCGGUCUAUGUGCUCGGAUUCGCAUUGGGCCCGCUGCUCAUCGCGCCGUUGUCGGAGCUCUAUGGCCGGGUCGUCGUCUACCACGUCUGCAAUGUCGGCUUCGUCAUCUUCAAUGUCGCCUGCGCCGUCAGCACGGACAUGGGCAUGUUAAUUGUUUUUCGUUUCUUCGCGGGCUGCUUUGGAUCGGCCCCUGUGACCAAUGGCGGAGGUACCAUCGCAGAUCUGAUUGCGCCACAGAAGCGAGGCGGAGUCAUUGCCAUCUAUGCUCUCGGACCCAUUCUAGGCCCGGUGAUCGGUCCAGUCAUUGCAGGAUAUCUCGUGGCAGCGCGCGGGUGGAGAUGGGUGUUCUGGUUUCUCGCCAUCGUCUCGGGCGGAUUCACGCUGAUUUCGCUUGCCUUCCUCCGGGAGACCUAUCCUCCCGUGCUGCUCGAGCGGAAGACCCAAAGGUCAAGAAAAGCCCACAAUAAUCCCGGGUUGCGAUCUAAACUCGACAAAUCACUGACGCCAGGACAACUGUUCGCUCGGUCCAUCAUCCGACCCACCAAGAUCCUCUUCCUGUCUCCCAUCGUCCUCUUGUUGUCCAUCUACAUGGGAAUCGUGUAUGGCUACCAGUAUUUGAUGUUUUCGACCUUCUCGGCGGUGUUUGAACAACAAUACGGGUUCAGCACGCAGUCGAUCGGCCUUUCGUUCCUCGGCAUCGGGAUCGGCUCCUUGAUCGGGCUGUUCGCCGUGGGCGCCAUCUCCGAUCGCAUUGUGAAAGCCAGGGCCAAGCCGAGCAAAAAGAACCCAGAAGGCAAGAUGCAACCGGAGUUCCGACUUCCUCCGCUGUUCGCGGGUGCAUUCUUCAUCCCGGCAGGUCUCUUCAUGUAUGGAUGGACGGCGCAGUACAAGGAGCCCUGGAUCGCGCCCGAGAUCGGAACGGCGUUGGUGGGCAUCGGGAACAUGGCCGUCUUCAUGGUGGUUGUCACGUAUCUCGUCGAUGCAUUCACCAUCUACGCGGCGAGUGCCCUGGCGGCCAACACUGUCGUCAGGAGUAUCAUGGGCGCUUUGCUACCGCUCGCAGGUCAAAAGAUGUAUGCCAGCCUCGGGGUGGGUUGGGGAAAUAGUCUACUCGGAUUCAUCGCCGUGGCUUGCAUCCCUGUCCCUUGGGCGCUGAUGAAGUAUGGAGAGCGGCUUCGGACCAGCUUCGACUCCUCCCGGCUCUAG